UGCCAGCAAUCGUAUCCGCACAUCCGCACAUCCGCACAUCCGCUGCAAGUCAAAGUUUUUUUUUGGGGAUUUUCGUGGCAAAGUUUUGCUUGGAGUAUUAGCGCGAGGCGGGCAUGAAACUUUUACUUUUCUGGGAGGCACUGUUGCUGCUGCUGGCGGUUGCCCAGACCCAGCCGGAGGCAGCAGGCAAGUCGCAAUCCCGACCGCAGUCCAAGUACUGCAAGUCCUUUGAUAACGCCGCCGGUGGCCCCGACAAUCUAUGCGAGAAACAUCGCUUCUUAACCUACUCGAAGUGCCACUUCGAGUGCACCGCCACGCACCACCUGAGCGUUGACAACUGUUCGAUUCAUAUUUUGGGCAAGCACAGCUAUCCAAGGUGCGAGGACAUCUACUGUGUGCCGGAUGAAACGGGAGCAGGUACAACAUCUAGACCGACCACCAGACAGCCACGCCCGACUCCGACAACACCAAAGACGACCACGACAGAACCAACCGAUACGCAGGCUAACGACAAACCGAAUUCGUCUGGAAAUGACACCAGUUGGGCGUCUAGCACAGAUUCCUCUGAUAUCAUAAAUGAGAAAACAUCAUCAGAGCUACCAGGAACAGAUAAGGCACAAGAGUCAUCUUCUUCUAAACUACCUGCAACCGGUUCUUCGGAGCAAGCCACAUCAUACCCGCCGAGAUCAACUGUGGGAGACAUAACUUCCGAUUCGAAAUCUUCGGUUGGCACUGCUGUGACUACUAUAGGGCAGGAAUCGUCUUCGUCAGAAGUACCCGGAACUAAUGCCUCCACACAUUUAACACCUUCUUCAUCGGGCUUAACAGUGGAAGACACUACUACUAUUUGGGAAUCAUCUCCUUCUACCGAUAUAGGGCAGGCAUCAUCUUCAUCACGGCUACCUACAUCGAGUCCUUCGGAGCAAUCCACAUCUUCCUUAUCGCAGUCAACAGCUGAAUACACUACCUCCAAAUCGGAAUCUUUGGUUAGCACCGCUACGACUGUUAUACGAGAGGAAGAAUCAUCUUCCUCAGAGCAGCCUGGAAUCAGCUCCGUUACUGAUAUAGAGGAGAAAUAUUCUUCUACAAAACAACCUGGAACCAGUUCCUCAGAGCGAUCCACAUCAUCCCCGUCGAGAUCAACUCUGGGAUAUAUUACUUCCAUUGCGGAAUCUUCGGUUAGCACUACUGUGACUACUAUAAUACCUGGUACUAGUACCUCGGAACAUUUAACAACUUCUUCAUCGGGCAUAAUAGUGGAAGACACUACUACUAUUUGGCAAUCAUCUGCUGUGUCUGAUAUAGGGGAGGCAUCAUCUUCAUCACGGCUACCUACAUCGAGUCCUUCGAAGCAAUCCACAUCUUCCUCAUCGGAGUCAACUGCUGAAUGCACUACCUCAAAACCGGAAUCGGUUAGCUCCACUGUGACUGAUAUAGGAGAGGAAUCAUCUUCUUCAGUGUUGCCUGGAAGCAGUUCUUCGGAGCGAGUCACUUAUUCUCCAUCGGUAUCAAUUGUGAAAGACACUACACCCGAUUCUGAAAAUAUGGAAAACACUACUUCUAUUUGGGAAUCAUCAGUUAGCAAUGCUGCGACUGAGUCAUCUUCUACAGAGCAACCUGGAACCAGUUCCGCUACUGAUAUAGAGGGGGAAUCAUCUGCUUCAGAGUUACCUGCAACCAGUUCCUCAGGGAAAGCCACAUCUUUCCCGUCGGGACCAACUGUGAAAGAUAAUACUUCCAUUUCUGAAUCUUUGGCAAGCAGUGCUGUGACUGAUGUAGGAGAAGAAUCGUCUUCUACAGAACUACCUAGAACCAGUUCUUCGGAACGGUCAACACCUUCUCCAACAGGGUCAACUGUGGGUGACAUUAUUUCCAGCACGAGAUCUUCUGUUAGCACUGCUGCGACUGAUAUAGGGGAGGAAUCCUCUUCUACAAAACAACCUGAAACUAGUUCCUCAGAGCAAGCCACAUCUUCCCCGUCGAGAUCAACUCUGGGAUAUAUUACUUCUAUUUCGGAAUCUUCUGUUAGCACUACUGUGACUACUAUAGGGGAGGAAUCGUCUUCUUCCAAAGUACCUGGUACUAGUACCUCGAAACAUUUAACAACUUCUUCAUCGGGCAUAACAGUGGAAGACACUACUACUAUUUGGCAAUCAUCUGCUUCGACGGAUAUAGGGGAGGCAUCACCUUCAUCUCAGCUACCUGGAGCCAGUUCCUCGGAACAGUCAACACCUUCUCCAACAGGCUCAACUGGGGCUGAAAUUACUUCCCAUUCGGAAUCCUCUAUUGGCACAACUGUGACUACUAUAGGGGAGGAAUCGACUUCUUCAGAAUUACCUGGAACCAAUUCCUCUGAACAGGAAACACCUUCUCCAACAAACCUGACUGAUGAUGGCGUUACUUUCAGUACGGAAUUUUCGGUUAGCACUGCUGCGACUAAUAUAGGGAAGGAAAUAUCUUCUUCAGAACUACCUUGUACCAGUUCCCCGGAGCAGUCAACACCUUCUAAAACAGCCUCAACUCUAAAAGACACUACACCCAAUUUGGAAUCAUCUGCUAGCACUGCUGUGCCUGGUAUAGAGAACGCAUCACCUUCUUCUCAACUACCUGUAACUAGUCUCACAGAACAGUCAACAACUGCUCCAACAGGCUCAAGUGUAGGUGGCAUUACUUCCAGCACGGAAUUUUGGGUUAGCACUGAUGUGACUGAUGUAAGGGAGGAAUAUUCCACUUCAGAGCAGCCUGCAAUCAGUUCUUCAGCGCAGGCCACAUCAUCUCCAUCGAGAACAACUGUGGGAGGCCUUACUUCCGAUUCGGAAUCUUCUGUUGGCACUACUGUGACUACUAUAUGGGAGGAAUCACCUUCAUCAGAAAUACCUGGAACUAGUACCUCAAAACAGUCAGCACCUUCUCCAACAGGCUCAACUAAAGGUGACUUUACUUCCAAUGCUGAGUCUUCGGCUAGCACUGUUGUGACUGAUAAAGGAGAGGAAUCAUCUUCUUCAGAGUUACCUGGAACCAGUUCCUCAGAGCAUGCCACAUCUUCUUCGUCGGGCUCAAGUGUGGGAGACACUACUUCCAAUCCUGAGUCUUCUGUUAGCUCCACUGCUUCAGUACUACCUGGAAUCAGUUCCUCAGACCAAUCCACAUCUUCCUCAUCAGAGUCAACAGCUGAAUACGCUACCUCCAAAUCAGAAUUUUCCGUUAGCACCGCUUCGACUGAUAUAGGGGGGGAAUCAUCUGCUUCAGAGUUACCUGCAACCAGCUCCUCAGGGAAAGCCACAUCUGCCCCGUUGGAAUCAACUGUGAAAGACAAAACUUCCAUUCCUGAAUCAACUCCUUCUCCAACAGGGUCAAUUGUGGGUGAAUUUACUUCCAGCACGAGGUCAUCUGUUAGCACUGCUGCGACUGAUAUAGGGGAGGAAUCAUCUUCUUCAGAGCAUCCUGGAAUCAGUUACGUUACUGAUAUAGGGGAGGAAUCAUCUUCUACAAAACCACCUGCAAUCAGUUCUUCAGAGCAGGCCACAUCCUCCCCGUCGAUAUCAACUGUGGGAGGCAUUACUUCCGAUUCGGAAUCUUCUGUUAGCACUAAUGUGACUACUAUAGGGCAGGAAGCAUCUUCUUCAGAAGCACCUGGAACUAGUACCUCGGAACAGGUAACACCUUCUCCAACGGACUCAACUGUGGGUGAAAUUACUUCCGAUUUGGAAUCUUCGGUUGGCACUGCUACGACUGAUAUAGGGGAGACAUCAUCUUCUUCAGAGCAUCCUGGAAUCAGUUCCGUUACUGAUAUAGGGGAGGAAUCAUCUUCUACAAAACCACCUGCAAUCAGCUCUUCAGAGCAGGUCACAUCAUCCCCGUCGAUAUCAACUGUGGGAGGCAUUACUUCCGAUUUGGAACCUUCUAUUGGCACUACUGUGACUACUAUAUGGGAGAAAUCAACUUCAUCAGAAAUACCUGGAACUAGUACCUCAAAACAGUCAACACUUUCUCCAACAGGCUCAACUAAAGGUGACUUUACUUCCAAUGCUGAGUCUUCGGCUAGCACUGUUGUGACUGAUAAAGGAGAGGAAUCAUCUUCUUCAGCGUUACCUGGAACCAGUUCCCCGGAGCAGGCCACAUCAUCCCCGUCGAGAUCAACUGUGGGAGGCAUUACUUCCGAUUCGGAAUCUUCUGUUAGCACUAAUGUGACUACUAUAGGGCAGGAAGCAUCUUCUUCAGAAGCACCUGGAACUAGUACCUCGGAACAGGUAACACCUUCUCCAACGGACUCAACUGUGGGUGAAAUUACUUCCGAUUUGGAAUCUUCGGUUGGCACUGCUACGACUGAUAUAGGGGAGACAUCAUCUUCUUCAGAGCAUCCUGGAAUCAGUUCCGUUACUGAUAUAGGGGAGGAAUCAUCUUCUACAAAACCACCUGCAAUCAGCUCUUCAGAGCAGGUCACAUCAUCCCCGUCGAUAUCAACUGUGGGAGGCAUUACUUCCGAUUCGGAAUCUUCUAUUGGCACUACUGUGACUACUAUAUGGGAGAAAUCACCUUCAUCAGAAAUACCUGGAACUAGUACCUCAAAACAGUCAACACUUUCUCCAACAAGCUCAACUAAAGGUGACAUUAAUGCUGAGUCUUCGGCUAGCACUGUUGUGACUGAUAAAGGAGAGGAAUCAUCUUCUUCAGCGUUACCUGGAACCAGUUCCCCGGAGCAGGCCACAUCAUCCCCGUCGAGAUCAACUGUGGGAGGCAUUACUUCCGAUUCGGAAUCUUCUGUUAGCACUAAUGUGACUACUAUAGGGCAGGAAGCAUCUUCUUCAGAAGCACCUGGAACUAGUACCUCGGAACAGGUAACAUCUUCUCCAACAGACUCAACUGUGGGUGAAAUUACUUCCGAUUUGGAAUCUUCGGUUGGCAACGCUGUGACUGAUAUAGGAGAGGAAUCAUCUUCUUCAGUGUUGCCUGGAAGCAGUUCUUCGGAGCGAGUCACUUAUUCUCCAUCGGUAUCAAUUGUGAAAGACACUACUUCCGAUUCUGAAAAUAUGCAAAACACUACUUCUAUUUGGGAAUCAUCAGUUAGCAAUGCUGCAACUGAAUCAUCGGUUUCAGGCCAAUCUGUAAGCAGCUCGUCGGAUCAAGCCGUAUCUUCUCCAAUUGGCUCAGCUUUGGAGGACACUACGUUCAUUUGGGCAUCAUCAGCUAGCACAGCUGCGACUGAUAUUGCGCAGAAUACAUCUUCUUCGGAGUUACCUGGAACAAGUUCCUCAGAGCAAGCCACAUCUUCUCCGUCGGAUUCAACUUUGGGAGACAUUACUUCCAGUUCGGAAACUUCGGUUAGCACUGCUGUGACUGACAAAGGGGAGGAAUCAUCUUCUACAGAACUACCUGAAACUAUUGCCUCGGAACAGUCGACAUCUUCUCCAUCGGACUCAACUGUGAGACAAAAUUGGGAAUCUUCUGUGAACACUGCUGUGACUGAUAAAGGAAAGGAAUCAUAUUCUUCAGAGUUACCUGGAAGUAGUUCCGCGCAACAGUCAACACCCUCGACAUCGGUCUCAACUAUGCAAAGGACUACACCUAUUUGGAAGUCAUCGGUUAGCACUGCUGCGUCUGUAAUCACGGAGUCGGAAACCCCUGCUUUGCCUGGGGAAUCAUCUUCUGAAGGGUCACUUGGAACCAGUUCAUCAGAAUCUUCGACGUCUACAGCAAAAGGUGCCUCCGAGGAAACUUCUAUUUUGACCACGAUAAUUGGAUCUGGAACUGGAACCAGUUGGUCAGAUCACAAUGAACCGGACAGUUCUACACAACAGUACACUUGGACCACAGGUGACCCAUACACAGAUCGUACUGACUCUACGUCGACGCCUCACUGUAAACUGGUUUGCAGCUGAGUGGGGAAUGAAUUAAAUAUAAUUUCGAUUUGGAUUUCUUACAGAUCCAAAGAAUGCUGAUGCCUCGACUGCUGAAGAUUUUUUUUAAAUAUUACUAUUAUUAAAACGUUGCACGUACGUUUAAAAUGUGCAACUUCUAUUUCUGGUGUUGGGUAAUAAAAAAAUACAUACAUAUUCACAAUAGA